CCAGCACUGGCGACACCUGUAGCUGCCUAUUCUUUUCCUUAGGAGCGGAUCCGGGCCCAGCAUCGCUCUCGAACCUUAUUUUUGUGCGUGUGAAAAGAGCAGCUCGGUAAAAUGGCCCUGUCCUCGGCAGUCAGCAUGAUUAGGUCUACCGUUUUGAAGCACCUGCGCGUGACAGUGACCUGCAAUGCCCAUCAAUCCGCCCUGCCAACCUUCACGAACAUAAUCAGCCGGGGCUUCGGCGGGGGCUUCCUCGACAAGGACGGCGUAACGGAGCGUGUGCUGCAUGUUACCAAGCACUUUGAGAAGAUUGACGCCUCUAAGGUGACGCCCUCGGCGCACUUUGAGAAGGACCUUGGGCUGGACAGCUUGGACGUCGUGGAGCUUGUUAUGGCGUUGGAAGAGGAAUCAGCCUGGAAAUCCUGAUGCAGAGGCGGAUAAGAUAGCUUCCGUUGCGGAUGCCGUCAACUAUAUCUGCAGCAACCCCAUGGCGAAAUAAGCUGGCAGAAGACUACCGGAACGGCCAUCCCGGUGGCUAUCUGAAGCGUAUCAGGGGUUUUGCUAUAGGAUGUAGUUUGUAGCUUAUUUUUCUAUAGCUGGGGUCUUACACGCCUAAGGAUGGACUUUAUGGCCUCUGUCAGGUUGGCGUGGGCGGAUUGAGUUGCCACACAUACACGCACGGCGACGACUGCUCGUGGUGGAAGCUGUGGUUUAAUCAGUGUGCAUGCUAGAUGUUCAUCUGUAUGUACAGUCGUUGUUGUGUCGCAGCAGAUGUGCUGUGCACAUAUCAUGUCUCCCGCUUUGCAGGCUGGGAGCAGCGUUUUAUGUUUCGUAAUAAUUCUGAUGAUGGUGUUAUUGACAUAUUGGUGGAUGCAUGGCACGCUUGGGUCUUUCUGCUGCAUGUAAACGGCCGGGAGUGCACGACACCAUGGGUCAUGACCUGUGCAUAGAUACAUCGCACUGUGAGCAUGAAAUGUCCACAGGUCUUUUUGAUUAUGCAUGACUCACGUUUACAUCUUUGGCGUAAGUUUGGACCAAUAUGGUAGCUUGAAGCCAAUUAGCUUGCUUUGGGCACAGCUAGCGCAACAGCUAGCGCAGUCUGCAACAACGGACUAG